AUGAAGACUGAUUUGGUGGGGAUGUCAGGCCCAAAAGAAGAGGCCAACAAGGAGAAGGAGAUGUGUAGCAUACAGUCAUUGAACAGCCGAGGCAGCCUGGACUCCAACAGGGAGGAUGGCAGAGCAUCUCUCAUCCUGACCCUCACGCUCUACAAUGUGAGGAAGAUUGAGCUCUCUAAGGCAGCCAAAGUCUUUGAGAUGUUUGAAACUCAAAUCUAUCACUUUGAAUCCCAUCGAGCCGAAAAGCCCAAGAACUCUGUGGAUGAUCUUGACAUUUUUGUUGAAUGUGAAGUUCACAGUGCUGAUGUUGGUAUCCUUAUCACGUCCUUAAAGAGAGUAGCAAAGGAUGUGAAAACCAGCAGAGAAGACAAAGUGCCCUGGUUCCCAAAAAAAAUCCAAGAUCUGGACAAGUGUCACCAUCUGAUCCCUAAAUAUGACCCCAGUUUGGACCAUGGUCACCCCGGAUACUCUGACCUGGAGUACAGCAAGUGGAGCAUUCUUGCUGACCUGGCCUUUAACUACAGAGCAGGAGACCCUUUACCUCACAUUGAGUACACAGCACAGGAAACAGCAACGUGGAGAGAAGUCUACAGGAAGCUGAGGAGCCUUUACCCUACUCAUGCCUGUUCCCAGUACCUGGAUGCUUUCCAGCAGCUCGAGAAGCACUGCGGCUACAGAGAGGAUAACAUCCCUCAGCUUCAGGAUGUCUCCAGAUUUUUGAAAGAGAGAACAGGUUUCCAGCUGAGACCAGCUGCAGGACAGCUGUCUGCUCGUGACUUCCUUGCCAGCCUGGCAUUUCAUGUCUUUCAGUGCACACAGUAUACGAGGCACUUCUCUUCUCCUAUGCAUUCCCCAGAACCAGACUGCUGCCAUGAGUUGUUGGGUCAUGUUCCCAUGCUGGCUGACAAGGAGUUUGCCCAGUUCUCACAGGAUAUUGGACUGGUUUCUCUUGGAUCAUCUGAAGAGGAGAUUGAGAAACUGGCCACACUUUACUGGUUCACUGUGGAGUUUGGCCUCUGCAAGCAAAAUGGAUUGAUCAAAGCUUAUGGGGCAGGACUGCUUUCAUCUUAUGGGGAGCUGAUGUAUGCUUUGUCAAACAAGCCUUUUGAUCCAGAAGUGACUGCAGUUCACCCCUAUCAGGAUCAAGCCUUCCAGCCUGUAUAUUUCAUAGCAGAAAACCUGGAAGAUGCCAAGGUCAAGCUUCAGAGCUACGUGAUGAAGAUCAAGAAGCCUUUUGCUCUGCACUGUGACCCCUUCACCAGCAGCAUAGAGGUGUUGAACACGCCACAGAAAGUCAAGAGGGCACUCCGCCAGAUAAAAGAGGAACUGGAAAACUUCUGCUUGGCCCUUGAAAACCUCUCUUAA